UUGCAUUUCUUCACAGGCGAUCGCCGCAGGCAGCUCUGCACAUCCAUCCCGGGGUCCUUCUCAGCAACACCCUUCCAAGAUGGCAGCCAACAGUAGCAGCACGGGUGGCAAGUCUAGCAACAGCGCUGGAGGAAAACAGUCCGGCCCUACAGCCGAACAGGUUGUAGCAACGUUUCAGAGGAUGCGUCAGGAACAGCGCAGUAUGGCCUCUAAAGCUGCAGAGUUGGAGAUGGACAUUAAUGAGCACAGCUUAGUAAUUGACACCCUAAAAGAUGUGGAUGCUUCAAGGAAAUGUUUUCGUCUUGUCGGAGGAGUUCUGGUGGAGAGGACUGUAAAAGAAGUUCUCCCAGCCUUGGAAAACAACAAAGAACAGAUCUCCAAAAUAGUGGAGUCCCUCAACACACAGAUGCAGGCAAAGGGACGGGAACUCACGGAGUACAGAGAACGUUACAACAUCCGGCUGGUGGGAGAGGGUGAAAAAGAGACACAAGGCCAGCAGGCAGCAUCCUCCAGGGACAGUGAAGGUGGUGGAUCUAAAAGCGCUGCUGGUGUUUUAGUUUCAUAGUUUCUAAUAACAUAUGCCGAUGGUAGGGUCUUACAAUUUCUGCAGAACAUAGUUGGAGUCACUAAAUCUAGGUUCAACAACUGAAUUCUCUACAUUUGUUAUUGAAAUCAUUGCUGUCAUGCAUUCAAACAUUGCUCUACUUACAUCUGAAUGCUUGUUUAAAAAAAUGUUUUACAUUUGCCUUUAACUCAAAAUGACUUUCUUUCCUUUGAUAAAAGUGUUGUAAAUUCAAUUCAACCAUUUAUUUUUUUUUAUUUAGACUCAUUUAUAUAUAAUUAAAUAUAAAUUGUUUCAGACUACAGGAUAUAUUUUUCGUCAUGUAUGAUGUAGUUUUCAGGGGAAUGAUGUCAAACUAAUUUCACGACCAGGCACAACCAAUGCAUUCACACAGUCAACAUAUGAAUAAUAAAUCAUCGUAACAACUGAAAAAUGUUGAAAAGUAAGAGCGGGUAUCCUGAGGCCCUGGAGUAUCUGUUGCUAAUACAGGAGUAUAGGUGGAUUACAUUUGGAAAACAUGGUAUUAGCUUGAUGACGCAAUUAUACUGUAAAUGUGGUACUGUUUGAAUUUGUUUUCUUCAUUCACUCUCCUACAGAAUCCUUUUUUCCACAACUCCAAAACUUUUUUUCACAUAGAAGCCACAGUAAGGCUGCUGAAGUGAGUGAGCCUUUUGUUGAGUGUUUACCCAAGAUUGAAGGUGACUCCACCGCACGGUCAAUAAAACCCUGUCAAUUAAAACUCGUCAUUUUGAUUUGUAGCUUCCGUCUAAGGUUGAAGUGGCAAAUAGCCAAAACUAAAGGAAGGCCUCUUAGGAGCUGAUCUAUACUGUCCACAGGGACGAGAAUGUUUUUGUCAAUAGUUAAGAAUUAAAGAUUGUGACAGUU